AACUUUUUCCACACAAAUUUCAUUGGUCUGUGAUAAGUGAAGGUCAAGCAAAAAGGGAGAAUUUUUUAUGCAAAAUUAAAAAGCAACCACAAACAACACGAAGCGGAACAAACAAAACAGCAAACGGAAAAGAAAACCACAGAAAGGCAGCAUUUCAAAUUAGUACAAUUGUAGAAAUUAUUUAAUGCCCCAAAUGAUUUGCGCAUAAAACUCGACAAAACAACAGCAGAGCAGCAGCAGCAGCAUCGACAGCAUCGGCAGCAAAAGCAACAACAGUGCGGUUUCACACAAAAAAGGCAGCCAUAAAAAUUAUUUAGCCAAAUUAUAACACAAUUUAUUUGCAUCAUCAACUGCAAGGCGGCAGGCAGGCACUUCAUUAAACAUCAAAGCGAGCUGUGUUUAACCGCAGAACGUGCGAAUUCUACACCGCAAUACCAGCAGCAACAGCAACAGCAGCAGCAAUAAAAAGCAACACCCACUAAAAGUGCAGCUGCAACAGGAAACGGAAACAAAAACGGUAAUACCAUGUUGGCCAUGCCCACUUUGAUGAUGCCAGCCACUGCACAGAUGACGCUCAGCAGUCAGCCACUGUCGGUGGGCGCCAAGCCCUACGAGACCAAGCUAUUGGCCAUCCACCAGACGCACAUGCAACAGCAGCAGCAGCAACAGGCGCCCUCCCAGCAGCAGCAGCAGCAGCAGAACGUCAAGCAGCAGGCCCAGCAGAUGACCAUUGUCACCACUCAGCAGCAGCAGCAGCAGCAACAGCAGCAACAACAGCAGCAGCAGCAUCCCCAGUCGCAGUCGCCACACCUGCAGCAGCAACACUCGCAGCAGCAGCAUUCGCAACAGCAGGCCGUGGCUGCCGCAGCCGCCGCUGCUGCCGCGCACCAUCAGCAGCAGCAGGCGGUGGCCGCUGCCGUCUGUGCCGCCCAGCAGCAGGCGGUGGUCGUCCAGCAGCAGCAGUAUCAGAUUCACUCGCAGCAGCAGUCGCCCCAGCAGCAGGUGCUCAGCAUCUCUCCCAAGCAGGAACAAUUCCACAUCUUUGUCGGUGACUUGAGCUCAGAAAUUGAAACUCAGCAAUUGCGCGAAGCAUUCACACCAUUCGGCGAAAUCUCCGACUGUCGCGUGGUGCGCGAUCCACAAACCUUGAAGUCGAAGGGCUAUGGGUUUGUGUCCUUCAUCAAGAAAUCGGAAGCCGAGAGCGCCAUUACGGCCAUGAAUGGCCAGUGGCUUGGCUCCCGUUCAAUUCGCACGAAUUGGGCCACACGGAAACCGCCGGCGAGUAAAGAGAACAUCAAGCCGUUGACCUUCGAUGAGGUCUACAAUCAGAGCAGUCCCUCCAAUUGCACCGUUUAUGUUGGCGGCGUAAACAGCGCCCUCACCGCCCUCAGCGAGGAGGUGCUCCAGAAGACAUUCGCGCCCUAUGGAGCGAUACAAGAGAUUCGAGUCUUCAAGGACAAGGGCUAUGCCUUUGUGCGCUUCUCCACCAAGGAGGCCGCCACCCAUGCCAUCGUCGGGGUACACAACACAGAACUUAAUGCCCAGCGUAAGUGCUCGUGGGGCAAGGAGAGCGGCGAUCCGAACAAUGCCCAGACCAUCGCCACACAGGCACUCAAUAGCGCCGCCGCUGCCGCCGCCGGGUUCCCCUAUGGGUUGGGGGCAACUGCAGCCGCCGCAUAUGGGCAGCAGCUGGCGGCCACCGGCUGCUGGUACUCGCCCACACCCACAUACCAGGCCUCCUCGGCCCCGGCCACAGCUGUGACCCCGGCGGCGGCCAGUGCCGCUGCCGUGCAGAACCAAUUCCUGCAGGGCAUCCAGGGCUACCACUUUGGCCAGUACGGCGGCUAUCAGCAGGGAUAUAUGGGUAUGGGAGUGCAGAUACCGGCCACAUGGCAAGGCGUCACCCAGGCCCAGAUCUCUCCUGCACAGCAAAUGGCAACGGGCGUGGCCGGGACUGCCAUACCGCAGGCAGCCGGCGUGGUCGCUUACCCGAUACAGCAGUUCCAAGUGAGCCCACAGGUUUAUCCUUUACUCUUGCAGGCACAGUAAGCGCAAAAACAAAACACGAAUAAGCCAGAGAAAAAAGCCAAAAAAAAAAACCAUAACAAAAUUUCCAAGUACAGCUGCUAUUCUGAAACAGAAACAAAACCAAACUGAGCUGUAAAUAAAAUGCGAAGCGCAAAA